GCCUUCGCUUCAUCUUUCCCAGCAAGCCCCGCGAGAGCGCCGGCUAUUGAUUGGCUGUGGCAGGAGCAGGCGGCUUGGCCGGCAGCGGUUACCCAGGGUUUCCGGUGCGAGGCCAGAGCGGGCGAAGCCGUCAGGAGGUCGGCAGUGAGGAUCUGUUUCCAGCCUAGCAUUGCAAACCACAAUGAAGAACCAAGACAAAAAGAACGGGGCUGCCAAGCAGUCGGGCAACACUUCCAACCCAAAAAGCAACCCGGGGCAAGCCGAAGUAGGACCAGAGGGAACCCAGGGGCGCCCCAGCCAGCCGGCUCCUGCGACAGAAGCUGAAGGUUCCUCCAGCCAGGCUCCAGGGAAGACUGAGGGAGCACAAGCCAAAACUGCUCAGUCCGGGGCCCUCCGUGAUGUCUCUGAGGAGCUGAGCCGCCAGUUGGAAGACAUCCUGAGUACAUACUGUGUGGACAACAAUCAGGGGGGCCCAGGUGAGGAUGGGGCACAGGGUGAGCCUGCUGAACCCGAAGAUGCAGACAAGUCCCGGACCUAUGCUUCAAGGAAUGGGGAGCCUGAGCCAGAGACCCCAGUGGUCAAUGGUGAGAAGGAGACCUCCAAGGGGGAGCCGGGCACAGAUGAGAUCCGGACCAGUGACGAGGUUGGAGACCGAGAUCACCGAAGGCCACAGGAGAAGAAGAAAGCCAAGGGUCUGGGGAAGGAGAUCACGUUGCUGAUGCAGACAUUGAACACCCUGAGCACCCCAGAGGAGAAGCUGGCAGCUCUGUGCAAGAAGUAUGCUGAACUGCUGGAGGAGCAUCGGAACUCCCAGAAGCAGAUGAAGCUGCUGCAGAAGAAACAGAGCCAGCUGGUGCAGGAGAAGGACCACCUGCGUGGGGAGCACAGCAAGGCUGUCCUGGCCCGCAGUAAGCUAGAAAGCCUGUGCCGGGAGCUCCAACGCCACAACCGCUCCCUCAAGGAAGAAGGCGUGCAGCGGGCCCGGGAGGAAGAGGAGAAGCGCAAGGAGGUGACCUCCCACUUCCAGGUGACACUGAAUGACAUUCAGCUGCAGAUGGAGCAGCACAACGAGCGCAACUCCAAGCUGCGCCAGGAGAACAUGGAGUUGGCUGAGAGGCUCAAGAAGCUGAUCGAGCAGUACGAGCUGCGGGAGGAGCAUAUCGACAAGGUCUUCAAACACAAGGACCUGCAGCAGCAGCUGGUAGAUGCCAAACUCCAGCAGGCCCAGGAGAUGCUGAAGGAGGCAGAGGAGAGGCACCAACGAGAAAAGGACUUUCUCCUCAAAGAGGCAGUGGAGUCCCAGAGGAUGUGUGAGCUGAUGAAGCAGCAGGAGACCCACCUGAAGCAGCAGCUUGCCCUAUACACAGAGAAGUUUGAGGAAUUCCAGAACACUCUUUCCAAAAGCAGUGAAGUGUUCACCACAUUCAAACAGGAGAUGGAAAAGAUGACUAAGAAGAUCAAGAAGCUAGAGAAAGAAACCACCAUGUACCGGUCCCGUUGGGAGAGCAGCAACAAGGCCCUGCUUGAGAUGGCUGAGGAGAAAACACUCCGGGACAAAGAGCUAGAGGGCCUACAGGUAAAAAUCCAGCGGCUAGAGAAGCUGUGCCGAGCACUGCAGACAGAACGCAAUGACCUGAACAAAAGGGUGCAGGACCUGAGUGCUGGUGGCCAGGGCUCCAUCACUGAUGGUGGCCCUGAGCGAAGACCAGAGGCUGCAGCUGCCUCCAAGGAGCAGGGUUGUGAGGGUCCUGGGGCCCAGUCACCUGGGUCCCCAAGGGUCACAGAAGCUCCUUACUGCCCUGGAGCACCGAGCACAGAAGCACCUGGCCAAGCAGGGCCCCAGGAGCCCACCUCCACCACCGCCUAGGAAACCUGGCACAGGGGGCGUGCUGGGAAGGGAGCAAGCAGCCCAGCCAGGCCUGGCCCAUGCAAGGCUCCCACCGCUAAGCAGUCCAGUGCUGAGGCCCAGGGUGCUUUAACCUGGCUGACAUCUGACACUUGGCAGUUUUGGAUUUUGUGGGUCAGUUUUACUUAACAUAUGGCAUAUGUGCAAGGCCUCAUACAUUUCUAUCAGUGUAAAAUGGGCUUGCACUGGAGGUGGGGGUGUGUACGCAUGAAGUCACUGGCUCUUCUGUGAGCUGAAGAGUCUUAAAGAAGAGCUGCCAUCUGUAGCUGCUGUCACAGUGGGCUGGCAGGACAAGUGACUUGAACAUUCCCCUGCCUGAUUUGAGGCUCAGAGCUCAGACCCCCCCCUCCCCCUUCCUGCCCUUCAGGGCUCGUGACAAGUGGCACACACUCAGGCCUUGACUUUGUUUCCCUCGUUAACAGGGCUUGGGCGGCUCUGGCUCUCGUAGCUACCCUGGAAGCUCCUUUGCUUCUCAUAACCUGGAGAAGGGGGUCCCUGGGCAGAGCCUGCAGAGCUGGGAAUCCACCUGCUGUCCUGCUUUGGACAGGGGAUCUGGAGAAAGUUGCUAUGGGCUGGUACACUGUUAGGAGCCCUCAGGUGGUGCCAGGACCAGGCCAGCGAUGCUUCUCAGUAGCCUUAUCAUUCACAGGUGCCUCUCUAGCCUGCACAAAUGAUUGACAAGAGAUCACCCAAAGGAUGCUUUCUGAAGGUUUCUGUUUUGUUUUUUGUUUUUUUGUUUUGCACAUGACAGUGUGUGUAUGGAUCUGAGGAAGGAGGUGGGGUGCUGGUGCAGUUGGCCUCCAGUGCCCCCCACCCUCACCACCCCACCUGGUAUCUUUGCCAUGUUGGUGCUGAGCUUUUCUGUUCGGUGAAAUCAGAUUGUGGUUAGGAGGAAGGGAAGGGUAUCUGAUGGUUUUGCCACAACCUUGCCUAUGUGUUUGAAUCCUGGGAAGCCACUGCUGAUGCCCAUCACCACUGUCUCCAUGCAGCAGUUGCUGGGCCCUGUGCCCAACUGCCCCCUUGGCAUUUAGGAGUCUGUGUCUGCUUCUGACCCCACCCUUCAUGUGCGAUCCUUGAGAUUUGCCCUGGUUCCAUUGCCUAAGGAAUAAGCUGAAGGAUGUCCUCCUUGACAUCCCAGUGCCUGUGUGGAAGCCCCUGGCUCUUGUCUGACAGCUGAGGAAUAGACUUGGCAAUUGAUGAGCCUCAGAAGUCCACAGAACGACUGCAGGUAUUUGGGUCUGGUGCCCCCCCUCCCUGCAACCCCCAGCCCUUGCUACUCUGGACUGGAAGUUCUGCUGGUUGCACACUUGCUAGGGUAUUAACCAGUCUGUAUCGAGCAAUUUUCUGGAACAACAGAAUGAGGCUCAGACUGGGAAGCUGGGCUCUGGUGGGCUCAUACUAUAGCCCACCUCUAGCCAGCCCUUGCUUCAGUGUAGCUGAGGGAGCUGUGGGCCAAGAGGCACAGGAUGGUGCAGUUUUGUUUCUUGCUGAAUUUCCUUGAAGCUAGUUCAUUAUUCUGCAGGUCCCUUCAUCUUCAACAACCAGCCCACUCUCCAUGCCUUUUUCUUCAAUCCCUCACAUAAAUAGGUUCACUCAGUGCUCGUGAAAUUGUCUUAUGACUUAGACCAGAGAUGGCAAAUGAAUGGCGCACCAUGUUUCCUCUGCCCCCAGGGCAGGUACCACUAAUUAGCCUCCGAGUGUUUCCCACUAAUUUCUGGUAUAUCCAUUUCUCAAGAUUCCCCCAGCAGCCAGUACAAGUGUUGAGACCUGUUUGCCAUUGCUGGCUGAGCUACUGCUCUCCCGUGGAGACGUGUUUCCUAAGAUCUUUCCCUCUGAGAUGCCUGUAUCUGGAAUAGUCCCUGGGUCUGUCUUUUCCUUUCCUGAUAUGGCUGUCCCCCACCUCCAAUCCGUGUGUCCGGCUGAGACACGAGAACUGCCAACCCCAUACAGGGUUUGCUGGGCUCUGGAAGUGCAGGGAAGAGCCAGAAGCUUCUGCCUGCCCCAAGUAAAGAGCAAGAGGCCUGCAGUAGCCCAUGUGAUUGCCUCGUUUGCUUCAGCUACCUCGUAGAGCCCAAGGGGAUUGAAGGGGAAGGCUGUCCCCCCAGUGUGGGGGAUCAUGGCUGUGCAGCCCAGCUGCCCUCAGAGACCCAGUCCAGCCAUUGUGGGAUUGUGGGGCUACAGUGAGCAGGGUGGCCCCAGCCAGUCUUCCCAGGUCCAAAAUCCAGGCCCUGGGUGACUAGAACCUUUGCUCUCAGCUCCAGCUGAGUCUAGGCAUCCAGGCCAGGCUAUAGGAGGAUCCCAUUCUCCCUCUUCUUUCCGUUGACCAAAUCACACUAAUCACUACAGCUGCUCUGCUUGUUCUGCUUUCCAAAGUCAACCCAGGUACCUGGGUGCCGCCCUCACCAGGGCAGGUCCCACGCACGUGACCUCAGUUUUAGGACCAAGAGCUGUGUUGGAUUCUUAGAUUGCUAGCUUUUCCUCCAGGGGACCAUUGCCGGUGAGGCUCACAGCCCAGAGCCCUUGGCCCUGCUGAGAGUAAUUUGUAUUCCGGACCUUGUCCAGCUGAGAGCCUUGUACACCAGAUUCUUGAGGUAUCGGCAGCACUUUUUGUUUUCCAUGAGGUUUUUGGACCAUGGGCUGAGCUCAGGCACUUUCUGUAAGAGAAUGUUGUCCGUAAAGAUGGUUGAUUUGCUUUCACUCCUCCACUCCCAUCACAGCGGCCCUCCUGAGGGCUGACCAAGAGGCCAGUGGAACUGCCCUGGUGGCUGUGGGGGAGGGCCAAAGCCUGCUGAGCUGAUUGUCCAGCUGCUGCUCCAGCCCUCCCACCUUAACAGCACAGAGGUGGUCACCCCAGGGACAGCCAGGCACCUGCCUGGGGGAGGGGUGCGCCUUCUGUCCCUGUCACUGCUUCCCAUAUGGCCCAACCUGGCCACCUGGAUUGGUUUUAAAGCUGUGCUGACAGCCUUUUUUGUCUCCUUUUGGUAUUCACAACAGCCAGGGACAUGAUUUUGAUGUAUUUUAAACCACAUUAAAAAUAAAGAGUCUGUUGCCUUA